AUGUCUUCCGGAGAGGGUAAAUCCGACAGUCCCUUCACCACUCGCGACCUGGAGCUGUGAGUAUUUACCCCCAAAAUUGCGGUUCUGCUCGAGCUGACACGGAGGUACAGGUUCGGCUACUGCAUGAGAAGCCUCAAGUCCGAGUUCGCAGUCGACUACCAGAAGCUCGCGGACCUCGCCGGUUGUAAGUAUCCCCUUCGCACGUAUCAUCGAUUCGCCAAAGCAAGGCUAACGCGCGGCAGACAAGAACGCCAACAGUAGCAAGGCUGCCUUCCAUGGCUUGAAGAAGAAGCUCGACAAGCUCGGUGUUGGACCUGUCGGUACUAACGGUGAGUACUCAUGGCUUUACUGUGUGUGUGAUCUCGAUCUGACAGCCAUCUAGGGCCAUCUCUCUCGGCCGGCGGCGACGAGAAGGCUACGCCGGCUUCCGGCAAGAAGCGCAAGACUCCGACCAAGCGCGACGACGAAGAGGAGGCUGGCGAGGAAGGCACUCCGGCCAAGAAGAAGGGUCGUAAGCCGCGCGCUGCUCCCAAGUCCAAGGCAAGUACUGCUGGAGGGGACGCUGAGGAGGACGAUGUAGAGACGGCCGUGGUCAAGGGCGAGGAGGGAGAGGACGAGGCCGCUGGAGUCAAGUCGGAGCCCGAUGAGGCUUGA